GCAACUUAAAGGGGGUGGGAACUGCGGCUGAAAAGACGUUCGGUGAUGGGAGCGCAAUGUAUGAGGGGAUACCGUGCCUCAGGUUUAAAAGAGCAGGAAGCUGAGUGAGAGGUUGCAGAAAGUGUCUUCGCUAGGUGGAGGUUACAGGUGGUGUGUCGAGGAAGAGCUUAGAGGCUGCAAGCUGCAGUCGGGAAAGGGAUCAGAGAACUGUGUGAAAGACACAGUUUGGGGGCUAGCGUCUUGGCUCUAGAGAGAAGUUCUUGACUUUGAGGACUAGAGGGGAAUGUGCCUUCUGACCCUCGGUGCUUCCCCCGUGAGGGGAGGCAUGGUGAGGGACUGUGGCAGACUCCUCUGAACGCCCAACUGCAGAGGUCCAGCUCCACGUAUGGAUCCAGGCAAUACGAAAUCAGCCACAGAGGCUGCCGCGAUCAUAGACCUCGAUCCCGACUUCGAACCCCAGAGCCGUCCCCGCUCCUGCACCUGGCCCCUUCCUAGACCAGAGCUCGCUAACGAGCCGCCUGAACCGUCCGAGGUGGAGCCAGGUCUGGGAGAAACGGUACACACGGAGGGGCACUCCGAACCGAUCCUGUUGCCCUCCCAGCUCCCAGAGCCGGCAGGGGGCCCCCAGCCGGGGAUCCUGGGGUCUGUAACAGGUCCUCGGAAGGGAGGCUCCCGCCGGAAUGCCUGGGGAAAUCAGUCAUAUGCAGAACUCAUCAGCCAAGCCAUUGAAAGCGCCCCGGAGAAGCGGCUUACACUCGCCCAGAUCUAUGAGUGGAUGGUCCGCACUGUGCCCUACUUCAAGGACAAGGGUGACAGCAACAGCUCAGCAGGAUGGAAGAACUCUAUCCGCCACAACCUGUCCUUGCACAGCAAGUUCAUCAAGGUUCACAAUGAGGCCACCGGCAAGAGCUCCUGGUGGAUGCUGAACCCUGAGGGAGGCAAGAGUGGCAAGGCACCUCGCCGCCGGGCUGCUUCCAUGGAUAGCAGUAGCAAGCUACUCCGCGGCCGCAGCAAAGCCCCCAAGAAGAAACCAUCUGUGCUACCAGUUCCACCUGAAGGUGCCACUCCAAGGAGCCCCAUGGGCCAUUUUGCCAAGUGGUCAGGUAGUCCUUGCUCUCGAAAUCGUGAAGAAGCUGACAUGUGGACCACCUUCCGUCCACGAAGCAGUUCCAAUGCUAGCACCGUCAGCACCCGGCUGUCUCCCAUGAGGCCAGAGUCUGAAGUGCUAGCAGAAGAAGAAGUGCCAGCUUCAGUCAGCAGCUAUGCAGGAGGCCUCCCUCCCACACUAAAUGAAGAUCUUGAGCUUCUGGAUGGGCUCAAUCUCACAUCCCCCCAUUCCUUGCUGUCUCGGAGCAGUCUCUCUGGCUUCCCUUUGCAGCAUCCUGGGGUUAGUGGCCCCUUACAUACCUAUGGCGCCUCUCUCUUUGGCCCAGCAGAGGGGUCCCUGUCAGCAGAAGGGUGCUUCUCAGGCUCUCAGUCUCUAGAGGCCCUGCUCACCUCUGAUACACCACCACCCCCUGCUGAUGUCCUCAUGACCCAGGUUGAUCCCAUUCUAUCCCAGGCUCCCACACUUCUGUUGCUGGGGGGUAUGCCUUCCUCCAGCAAGAUGGCCUCAGGAGUUGGCCUAUGUCCCAAACCCCUAGAGGCUCCAGGCCCCAGCAGUCUGGUUCCCAGCCUUUCUAUGAUGGCACCACCUCCAGUCAUGGCAGGUGCUCCCAUCCCCAAGGCCCUGGGAACUCCUUUACUCACACCUACUGAAGCUGCAAGCCAAGACCGAAUGCCUCAAGAUCUCGAUCUCGAUAUGUAUAUGGAGAACCUGGAGUGUGACAUGGAUAACAUCAUCAGUGACCUCAUGGAUGGGGGUGAAGGACUAGAUUUCAACUUUGAGCCAGAUCCUUGAGUCACGGCGGGAAGCUUUGCCCUCUGCUUCAUAGGUGGAGCCAGGCGUGUCCAUAUGCAGUUUUUUUUCCCUUGAGCCCUCCCCAGGAAUUUGGGACCCUGCAUUAGAGCUAGGGUGGGGUCUGGUCACACACACAUACACACACACACAGGUGUUGA